CGCCGAUCAUCAAGUCCAUCGAGCAAGCGAUCAGCUCCCAGCACCGGCGUCAAGGAGGCCUACCAGCGGCGAUCCAUGGCGUCACCCUUCGGCUACGAACCUCUUCAGCCGCCGGUGGUGGUGGUGUCGCCGCAGUUCUGCGCGCCGGACGUGGUGCCGCUGACGGUGACCAAGAAAGUCGCGAGUCUCAGCGGCGGCGACUUCACCGUCACCGACUCCAACGGCGCCGUCGUGCUGCAGUUCAAGGGCAGCGUCUGGAGCGUCCGCAACCGCCGCGUGCUCCUCGACGCCGCCGGGCAGCCCAUCCUCUCCAUGCACGAGAAGAUACUUAGUAUGCACAACACAUGGGAGGUGUUCAGAGGUGACAGCUCGAGCGCGAGCGACCUGCUCUUCACCGUGAAGAGGUCGACGCUCCUGCAGCUGAGGACGGAGAUGGAUGUCUUCUUGGCCGGGAACACCGCGAAGCAGGCCUGCGACUUCAAGAUCAAGGGCAGCUACUUCGUCUUCUACCUCGGCGACUCUGACACCAUGAUCGCUCAGAUUAGCCGGAAGUACACUGCCUCCAAUGUGCUGCUGGGAAAGGACACGUUCAAUGUCCCGGGCGUUGACCAUGUGUUCGUCGCGGCUCUUGUGGUGGUUCUGGAUGAGGUCCACAGCAGGGAUCGAAACUACUGAUGAUCCACACACACCUAUACCAGCAAGCUUCCAUCGAGUUCGACGCCUGUCAUAUGUUAUCACAAGUUGUUAUGUGCAAAUUUCUCCAAAUUAUGCUAGUGAGAUCAGCUACUGAACUUCGUUUCGUGUAUGCUGAUGAUGCACACAGUAUUGUAUAUUGAUUUGCUUUUCAAUAAUAGAGCACUAUCCUUGGUUCGAAAAAGAAAUUGUAAGAAAACAGAGCACUUUCAUGUGAUUGCUUUCUGAAAUGCAUAUGCUUGUUUGAUUCAAGCUUUUGAAUA